CCUCUCACCUCAUGCAAUCGCUGUCCACAUAACACGGUCUCCAACAAAUACGAUGAAGCGGAAAUGGAAUUUGUUCCAACACCGCUGCAAUUUGAUGUAUCCCCAAAUUUAGGAUUUCUUCCAGAGAGGGAACCUCUAGUAAGUACAUAAGUCCCAUCGUAGUGAAUUCUUUCAAAGGGAAGACGUCGCUAAAUGUCUUCGCGAAAUGGUUGUGAGGAUCUCGUGAGACCUGAACAGUUUGAUAUUUCGGCCCGUUCACAACGAUGACUGAAAACCUUGAACUUUUCAACAGAUUUGUUGUGUUCGUUCCUUCUUGCAUUUUCUUAUAUUUACAGUCAUUUAUUUGAUCAAUGUAGCAACGCUUGCCAGAAUACUUCUCUCCCUGGGAAAAAUUAGCCAGAAAUUUACCUCAACUGGUUAAAGAGGGAGAAUUUUUUCGUCAGCAGAUCAAACAAGUAAGUAAGGAAUCAGAUCCAUCACUCGUAAAUGUUGCUUUUGUCAAAUGCUGGGAGUUUUCUUGAAUUAAAUGAUACAACACUCUGGGCAAAAGAUUGGCAUACUGGAAUCCUGGUCUAGAGAUGGGGGUUCAAAACUUAGGUGGGUCAUUGUGUUGUGUUCUUGGGUAAGGCUCAUCAUCAGGGGCAUAGCCAGGAAUUUUCAAAGGGAGGGUUCUCAUCAGUUUUCGCCACCUGAAUAUUGUAGGUUGUUUGCUUUAGAAAGGCUUAUGAAGGAGGGUUAUGGACACCCCUGGACCCUUUCCUCUCUAGUUAUCCCCUUGUUCACUAAUUCUUACAGUGCCUCACUCCACCCAGAAAUUUUAAUGUGCACCAGUGAACUGUCAGGGAAGCCUGAUAAAAUGGUGGAGGUGGGGGGGGGAGGAACUUGCAAGGGACUGCAAGGAAAAACUGCUGAUCACUUCAUGCUACAAAAACUUAGCUAAGUCCAAACUGGAUGGGCCACUUGGUACACAUACAUGUAGACUAUCCUUACAAUUUUACACCUGUUCAAAUAUUUCUAAUUGGAUAGUUCAGUAUGUUAUAUUAGAACACAGAUCAUGAAGAUUCAACAAUUACCAGGCAGUAAAUGUUUUUGACAGCUGUUUUAUUGCUGAAUGAUAUUGUUUUUAUUCAAUAGCUCCCUUUGUUGGACCAUAACAAACUUUCAUCGGAAGAUGAGUGGAAGAGAGCUCAAUUAGUUCUUACAUGCAUAUCCCAUGCAUAUGUAUGGUGCAAAGGAGAGAGGGGUGUUGCCAAGGUGAGAUCAUGAUUAGAGAGAGCAAAAUUAACCCCCCUCUGGAGUGGCAAAGGAGAGAGGGGUGUUGCCAAGGUAAGAUCAUAAUUAGAGAGAGCAAAAUUAACCCCCCUCUGGAGUGGCAAAGGAGAGAGGGGUGUCGCCAAGGUAAGAUCAUAAUUAGAGAGAGCAAAAUUAACCCCCCUCUGGAGUGGCAGCAUGUAAAAAAGUCAGCCUCAGCUGGAGUGAGCAUUCCGAUACCCAUUAAGUGGCCAAGCCCUUUAACUAGAAAGGGUUAUGCCCUUCAACUACUAAGAUGAAAUUCUGUUAAAUGGGAAUAAGAAAGCGUUUCCCAUUUAACUGUUUGAAAUUUGGUUUUUAAAAUUUGAUUGGAGUUAAACUUAACUGUGUUUCAAAAAAUCUUCUUGUUUAUGUUUGUAAUGAUUUUGAUAUUUGGUUUGAUUUGUGUUUUCAUGGCUGGUUUCAGAUUCUUCCAAAGUCAUUGGCUGUUCCUUGGGUUUCAGUGGCUAAGCAUCUAGGUCUGCAUUGGCCCUUUUAGUAUUUCAUGCAUUUAUUAAAUGCCAAUAUCAUAUGCGAUAUAAUAUUUUGGCUGCAUUAUAACUUUCUGUUAUUUCUUCUCUGUUUUACAUACAAUUAGCUUAUUUUUCUGUUCAAAUUUAUAUCAACGACCCCUUUAUUGCCCCUUUAACUCUUUAACUCCCAGAAGUGAUUAACAUCUAACUUCUCCUCACAGCAUAAAUACUUUAUCCAGCAAAGUUAAACAAGAAUACUCAAACUUAUCUGGUAGAAGUUUUAUCAUAAAUCUAGUCUCAAAUUCUCAUAACUAAUUUACAGGGAAAUGUGUCGUAGCUUGAGGGGAGACUAAAUAAUCAGAUCUUGGGUGUUAAAGGGUUAAGUAAUCAGUCUUUUGAUCCACACCCAUUUCCACCCCUCCUCCAGCCCUGUCAUUUUAAGUGCUAGUUGUUGGAUUCAGGCAGCUUGCCAGAAGGAGAGGAAAAAAUCUUCCAGUUGGAAAAAACCAAGAAGGCCAUAAGAAUUAAGCCUGAUUUUCUACCAUGGAGGGGCAAUGGCCCCUUAUUGGUAAUCAUGGAUUUUUGAAUGGAGGGUUGACACAAACAGAUUUAUUAUAUCUGAAAUCUGUUUCAGUGAAACUGCAUGGUCAGCUGGUGUAGUCAUGGUUUGGAUUUUUCUGAAGGUCUCCUUUCUGUUUCUGUUAGCAAUUUGUCUAUUUUGGAUUGAAAAACAACUUUCCUCUUGUUUUUUAGCCUGAGUGGAUGGUGCUGGGAUAUGUGGUGGGAGGGGUGGGGGAAAAAAGUAAUUUAUUUUACUGUUAUUUUUACAUAACUUUAGAUAUUCCUCCUGUGAUAACACACUCAACCUUUGCGCUUUAUAAUUGGAGAUAUAUUGACCCCAAACGGUAAGCUUUGUCAAGUUUAUGAAAUAGAACUUCCUGUGUUUUAACUUGGAAGUCUUAUGAUGAGCACCAACUCUGAAGUUCAAAUUCACUUUAUCCAUGAGCAUUUACUGAAUAUCAAAAUUUGCUUUUAAUUUUGCUCAAUUAAGUCAGAUGUUCUGCACACAACUCAUCACCCUCCAGUUGUUUUCUCCAUAGGAAUUAACAUUUCCCUUUUAAGAGGGGUAGGGGUGUGGUAUUUAAAAGGCACUGGGGUUGAUCAACUGACCUCUAGGAAUAAUGUACAUUCUUAUAAUUUCCAGUAGUAUUAGUAUGAUUAUAUUUGUAGAUAACAAUAAACUUAUCACUAAGUAAGGUUACUCUUAGGAAUAAUAAUAGCACUUUGAUAAUUGUCACAAAUGGGUGGCAGUUAAAAUAGACAUUUUAUGUUUCAAACUGAUUUUUUGUGCCUGCUGUUAAUUGUAUUUCUUUCCCUUUUUUUUGGCUCAACAUUUAAAAACUGGAGGCCUUUCAGCAUGGAGUAAGUAUUAACCCUUUACACCCUGAUAUCAUUAUGCAUAUUCUCCAUACUGUUCACAGUACACUUCCUAAAGGGGCUGACAAAGAGAAUUUGUUCAACAAUCAAAAGCCUCUUUAGUUACUGAUCAUUUCCUUUACUGUCAUGACCUUCAUGUGUGAUUCAGGGAUUAUAUUAUAAUAAGAAGGAAUUAAAUGCUGGUCACUCUUGAUGGUCAACAGAUUGAUUAUGGCAAAUUAUCGCCAUAUGUAGAUCAACACCUGUUUUGAGUGACAGCAUUUAUCAUACUCUUUCACAGAUGGGGUAGGGAUAGUAUGAACAUCAUAAUUUUUAUUGAAUGCCUAUGAUCAAUUGAAUUAUCAGCAUGUAGCAUGAUUAACAUAGAGACCUUUAAAAAAAAAUUUUGGAAUUGCUUGAAAUCUCUAUACAACAUCUGAGACUCUCAAGGAGUCUGAGAGAAUAUUUCAGUGGAAAUUCUGGAGAAAUUGUUUAGGCAUAUAGCUAAGGGGUAGUUUAUAUACUUUUUAAUUCCUAUUAAUUCUCUUUUCCUUUUUUUUGUUUUUGUUUUUUCUUUUUUCUGUUAUCAAACUGUUGCAAUUGAAGCUGUGUUUACUUCAAAGGAUGUAACUCCUACUGAUGAAUUCUUCUUUCAGUAACAUUGAGCUUUCAGUUAAUAUCACUGGAUCACAGGCAGAAGAAGGGUUUCUUAAAGUUCCUCUUCAGAUGGAGGCAGAGUUUGGAAAAGGAUGCUUUGUAGGUCUAGUUAUGAAAUCACCCCAAUUUGAGUUCAUUACCACUCUGCAAGGAUGAAUUGCUGAACACCAAAUACAGAGUAAAUUAAUUCUAAAUAUUUGUUUUAAUUUCAUAACAUCCAGCUCUUUUAAUUGUGUUAAUUUUUAGAGCAUUACCAGUGGACAAAAGGUAAGAAAAUUGGCCCCGAUGCUACAACUUGAUAAUUAUUAACACAAGGGAGCACACUUCAUCACAGGUAACCAUUAUCUGUCAAUCAUAGAAAGAUAUUUUUCUAUUUUAUGAACCACAUUGAGCUUUGUAAACUUUCGCUGCUGACAAUGAAGGACUGAGAAGGGUCAAACCAGCUGUGAUCUAUGUAUUUGCUUGCAUGGACUACCUUCAGGUCAUGGAGCACUUUUUAUCUAAGUGCUAAAAGUAAUCUGGGAUAGCAACCAUUCUUCCACACUCUGCUUGGUUAGUCCAGAAAACUUGUGCUGCCCUCUCAGAAGAAAACUGCCAACCAAUUGUGCCUUUGUUGUUCUCUUACAUUUCUGGCCCUUGAGGAACUCACUGUCACUGUCACAAAUCAGUUUCCUAAUCCUUUUUUUUUUAAUUUGUUUGUUUGUUUGUUUUGUUUUUUGCCAGGCUGUUGUAAAUAAUGACACUGAAGGGGUGUUGAAAGCCUUGAUGUCAUUAAAAGAAACAAUAGUCCAGCUUAAGAAAUCAUUUUUACAUAUUUAUGGUUGGUAUCGAUCUUUCUAGCUACUUUGUAAAAUAAUUGGCUCUUAAAGCAAUUUUAAUUGACUGUUAAAGUCAUGAUCUUGGACUGUAUUCAUUUGGUUUUCAUUUAAUUGUACUUUACUCUUAAAAAAAAAAAAACUCACACCUUUAUGUUAACUAAAUGAAAUUCAAAUUCAAUUAAAUAUUAAUUGCAAUUUGUCCACAAGUGUUACCCCCACUUCAGUCAGUUUGCCUGUUUUUGCAAAGAAAAAAUUCUGACUGGAUCUUCAAUGGGCCUUUGUACACUGUACACCCUAACAUCAGCAUUCAUAUUCUCCAUACCCUUUUCUAUGCAUUUCUUAUCAUGCUUACAAGGAGAAUUUGUGUAACAAUGAGGAGCUUCUUUAGUUGUUGAUCAAUUCCUUUAUUCUCUCUACCUUAAUGUGUGAUUCAGAUAUUAUCUUCUCUCUGCCUUAAAGUUGAUGUUUGACUUUUAACAAAAAAAAACUGUUUAAAUAUGGACUGGGAGGGUAGUUACUAAAACAAGGAAUGACCUAAAAUGACUUAAAAUGGCCUAAGGUGAUUUCUUAAAUGACUUAAAAUGAUCCAAAAUGACCCGAAAUGACCUUGAGUGAUUUCUAAAAUGACUUAAAAUGACCCAAAGUGACCUUGAGCGAUUUCUAAAAUGACUUUAAAUGACCCAAAAUGACCUAGAGUGAUUUCUAAAAUGACCUAAAGUAACCUAGUAUGCCCUUGUGUGAUGUGAACAAUGCGGCGUCGACAAAAUCUGGAUUGGUUGAACCGGAUCGGAUCGGAUUGUUCAUUUCGGUUUGCGGAUUUAAUUUUACGUGGUUCAGCAUUUGGUUUUCGGUUUCCUCAAAAUUCAAACGGGUUUUCUAUUUUUUUUUUCGGUUUGUCUUCGAUCUGAGCGGCAAUUUAGCAACUCCACUGAUCUCGAACAGCCGCAAAACGCAAAUGGUAUUGAGAGGAAUGCGUGACAAAGCAAAUGUCGCUAAAAUAACCUCUCGUUGGUUGAAUAUUGUAGGGGUCCGUAGGAAGUCACGCGUCUCGAAUAACACUCGAGACUUUGACCUUGCAAUGUGGAGCACAUAGGUUGAUUAGUUUGCGAACUAUGGCUUCCAACGUGCCUCACGCGUCAGCAGCGAAAGAAGCUCAAGAACCCUAAGAAGCAACUGAGGAUUGUGUCGCGUUUUUCUUAACUGACUGAUGAAAUGAUGCGUACUUCUCGCUUGCCUUCGUGCAUGGUGGCAUUACACAACACUCCUCGACAGAGCCAUGAAAGUGACUACAUGGGGUUUUUGGGCAAAAAAAAAUCCCAGUGGGGCCUGUGCUCUAUUUUGCACAAAAUUUCUAAUUUUAUGUUACAUGAUCCGAUCCAUGAUCUGUGAUCCGGUCCUUGAUCCGAUCCGUGAUCCGGUCCGAUAUCCGAUCCAUGAUCCGAUCCAGUCCGACCUGAUCCGAUCCGAUCCGAUCCGAUCCAGAUUUUGUCGGCGCCGCAAACUAGAGGUCAUUUUAAGUCGUUUAAGGUCAUUUUAGAAAUCACUCAAGGUUAUUUUAGGUUAAUUUAGGUCAUUUUAGAAAUCACUCAAGGUCAUUUUAGGUCGUUUUAGGUCAUUUUAGAUCAUUUUAGGUCAUUUUAGGCCGAUUUAGGUCAUUUUAGGUCAUUCCUUGUUUUAGUAACUACCGGACUUGGGAGUCAGUGUUUUGUUUUAUCCAUGGACUGGGAGUCAGUGUUUUGUCCAACACCCUCAUCAUUGUAAUUAGUUUUGAACUUCAAAGGUUUUUGUCAUAUUUCAUUUGCAGAUGUUUGUGAUCCUGAGGAAUUUUACAAUGAACUGAGAAUAUAUCUUUCUGGGUAAUCAAUGGAGGUCGAUGUUUUUAGAGUUUUAGUGACUUUUUGGAAAAUCCUGUAUUUUAUCACUAUGCAUGAAACAAAUUAAAGUUUAAGUCAACUGAUAGGUGUAGUUAUAUUACCUCAGACUGCUUUUCAAAUGCAUUCUCAGCAAUAACAGCUCCCUUCAAUUGGCUGAGAAUAUAAAUCUGGUACAAUAAUGAGAAAAAAUUUACCAUAACUAUAACUGUGGUUCAAAAUGUCUCAUCAGUUUAAAUUUUUUAAAAUCAAUUUAAUUAAUAUAUUUCACUUAGGAUGAUUUUCAGAUUAUGAUAAAGAUAAAGUUGAUAAUUACUAUGAUUGUUAUAUAGAGGGUAUUACCAAGACCUAACUCACUGUCUUGAGUGAAUACUUAACAUGAAAUUGAAACCAAGAGCAAACAGUCAAAAUACUAAAUGAAAUUGAAUUUAAACUGAACUCAUGUGUAGAACAUUGUAUUAAACAUUGUAUAGAAUAUUGUAUUAAACUGAACUCAUUUAUAGAACAUUUUGUGUAAUCUUGAAAUGGGCAUUCCUUGAAUUUCAGGUGGCUUAACAACCCAGCUUUACCAGAUGGCCUUAUUUAUGAAGGUGUUAGUGAGAUGCCUCUGCAAGUAAGUUGUUUAUCUUGCCUAUUUUCUGACAGUGCUGAGGCCCAUGCAUAUAUUGUCCUCCUCGUUUUCACCUUUCCCUUCUUCCUCUCUCCCUUCCACCUCUUUUUUCCCUCCUCCCUCUCUCCCCUCCUCCUUCUCUCCUUUCUCUCCUUUCCCUCCUCCCUCUCUCCCUUCCUCCUUCUCUCCUUUCUCUUCUUCCUCUCUCCCUUCUACCUCUCUUUCCCUCCUCCCUCUCUCUCCUCCUCCUUCUCUCCUUUCCCUCCUCCCUCUCUCUCUUCCUCCUUCUCUCCUUUCUCUCCUCCCUCUCUCCCUUCCUCCUUCUCUCCUUUCUCUUCUUCCUCUCUCCCUUCCACCUCUCUUUCCCUCCUCCCGCUCUCUCCUCCUCCUUCUCUCCUUUCCCUCCUCCCUCUCUCUCUUCCUCCUUUCCCUCCUCCCUCUCUCUCUUCCUCCUUCUCUCCUUUCCCUUCUUCCUCUCUCCCUUCCACCUCUCUUUUCCCUCCUCCCUCUCUCCCUUCCACCUCUCUUUUCCCUCUUCCCUCUCUCCCCUCCUCCUUCUCUCCUUUCCCUCCUCCCUCUCUCCCCUCCUCCUUCUCUCCUUUCCCUCCUCCCUCUCUCCCUUCCUCCUUCUCUCUUUUCCCUCCUCCCUCUCUCCUUUCCCUCCUCCCUCUCUCCCUUCCUCAUUCCCUCUUUCCAUUAGAACCUAGACCAGUGGACCCCUUCAUAGAACCUCUCCCUCCCUCUACCUCUGAUGUUUUCUCUCCCUCCCUACCUCUAAUCUUCUCUUGCUUAAUCCCUCCAUACUUCAUACCUUCCCCCAUGAACUUUCCUCUAUACCAACAAACUUGAUGAAUGCACUUUACCCCCAUAAUCUUAUUCAUUUGUCAUGCAGGAGUUAAUUUUACUACUUUAUGUGUUGCUUUUAGUAUUCUGGAGGAAGUGCUGCAGAGUCUUCAAUAUUUCAUACUCUAGAUGCUGUAUUAGGUGUAUUGCAUUCAAAAACAGGUAAAUUUUUAACCCAAAGAAAGGUUUGCAAUUAGCUGGGUGCACAACUGAUUUGGAUCCACAGGGAAGCAUUGUAGACCCCUAGUACCAGAGUAACUCUGAAGGUACUAUCUCCUCUACAAGCCUUCAGAAGAGUAAGAAAUAAGGUCGUGAGGCAUUGAUAAGCCAGCAAACCACUGUGAUAUAACACUGAAUCAAAAUAAGUAAUUAACUGAGGAAUCCCAGUGGUGUUGAUCUUUUACCAGGUUCCUUUGGCCAACUUCUUGCAGUAGUGAUCGUCCAUCUUAUAAAGUGUCAAACAAACAAAAUUUAAAUUCUAUCAAAAUUAUAAUUAGUACCAAAAGGCUAAGUGCAUGUGAGGCACUUGGUGACUAUAUUUCAGCUGUUGCAUCAAGGACACUUCAACAUCCCAAUCUCUCUUCAACCCAAACCCCUGUCCCUGCAACCUUUGAGAAAAUCAGACUGGUUACAAGUUGGUUAUUGGUUUUGCUUUCCCUUAUUUUGCCUUUGGAGCUGGUUUGAGUCAUUCAAAAACUGAAUAUUUUUUUUUCUGAUCUUGAUUUGUUUACAUUCAGAAUCAAGUUCAGGUGGUCAGUUUUUAGAAAGAAUGCGUUACUACAUGCCACCUAAACACCGUGCAUUUAUAGAGGCUGUGGCAAAAGGGCCAUCAAUCAGAAACUAUGGUUAGUGUAUAGUUUAUAAGCUUAUGAUGACAAAGCAAGACAGGGGCAGAUCUAGGAAAGGGAUGAAAGGGGUAUACAACCCUCCCCCCUGAGAUGACCUGCAGCUUUCUAAUAUAACUUCACAGAUACACAAAAUUUGCAUCUGUAUCAUUUGCUUUGUAUUCUCAGCAGUUAAAAUCAUGUUAUUGCCUUAAGCUUUCAUUUCCUUGUUCACUUUUAAGAUUUGUUUAUGUCACCCAUCAGUUGCACCAUUUGUUAGUGGUGCACCCCCUGCUAAAAAAAAGAAAAAUCCUGGAUCCACCCUUGCAAGAGAAAAUUUUUUUUGUUGGUUUUACUCAUUGGUAUUUUGUUUCUCAAACUUUAUCAUUGUUUUCUUUGUAAUGUGGGUAAUAGGGCUUUUUCUCCUACAAUACCAUCCAUAACACUUUUUUUUUUGCUUAGUAAUAAUUUUCUCAUGAUAAACUAAUUGGGAUCCAGCCAGGUGCUCGAAAACUCUGAUUCUGAUCAUCACUCAAUAUGAUUACAGUCCACCCAAAUGGACACUAUGUUUUCAUGAAAACAUAAUGAUUGUCAAUUACCUUUUCUCUAAUCUGUGUACAUAUUGCAUUCAAAAUAGUCCUUGCAAGUGGAGACCCUGAUCUCACUAGGGAGUAUGAUCUCUGUGUGGGAAAAUUAACAGACUUUAGAAAUGUGCAUUUGCAAGUUGUAGCCAGGUUAGUGGGUUGUAGCACACUAGAUGCAGAGGCAUGCUUCUCCCACAUGAGUAUUUACUACCAUUGUUAUGGAGAAUAAGGAAUUCAUGCAUUUCCACUACAGCAUGUUAACCCUUUGACCAGCAUCCAAUUUCUCCUUACAUUAUCACCCCUAAAUCAAACAUUUAGGUCACAAGAAUAAAGAAAAUGAUCAUCAACAAAUGAAGCUCUUGAUUGUUAAACAAAUUCUCCUCAUCAGCACCUAAGGAAAUGUAUAGAGAACAGUAUGAAGAAUAUGUGUUCUGAGACCACCCAAAACAAUUUAAGGUUUUAACAGUGCAUUAGUGGUCACGUUACAUUUCAAAGGCAAUAAAGAUGCUUUGUUCAUCUUUCAGUUAUAAUCACAAGUUUCAGGAAUGCUUUUUCUCUAAUAAAGGAAUGCAGUUUGGCUCUCAUAGCCAAAUAGCCCCCCCCAGGAGAGGGAGGAGGGGUACCUGUAAUAUGGAUGCAACAUAUUGGUUAUCUAAGAGUUAAUGCAGAUAAUUCUUUAAACAACUAUUGGUAGCAAUGGCUUCCAAGGUUUCUAGUCUUUCAUGCAAACUUUUCUAGUAAUUCCUGAUUAAUCAGAAAUUUCCCAUUCAGAUCAGACAGAUGUUGGAAUGGUGGUGUUGAUUAUGAUUGAAAUCCACUUUUACUUAAACCAUGUUACUCCGAAGUUGAGUGUUAACUCUUCCCUCCAGCUGCUGCACAUUUCCUUGUAAUUUAGUCACAAGGAUUUGGUGUUAGAUCAAGACAAUAACUGCUUGAUAAGUUUGAGUAUUUGCAUGACCUGUUUGCUGAAUAUUGUAAGGAUAUCAAAUGGGAGCAGUUAGAUGUGAAACACUUCUGGGAUUAGAGGUUAAAAAUCUCUUUUGAGGAUGGAAAAAUUCAGCAGAAGUAAUAAUUCUGUUGUUGUUGGUGUUCAUAUUUAAGCUUAAUGCAGUUAACCUUUUGCUUGCUAAAAUGAUAUGAGCAUAUACAAUACACAAUUCAAUUUUUGCUCACAUUAUAUUUAGAUACAUCGUUAUUCCAUCAAACAGAGGAAAAGAUACAAAGCAGAAGGGAAAGGCCUUGAUUGGCACAGGAGGGUCUGGUGAGGCAUGGCUUCCUCUAUCAACAUUAUGUUCACAGUCACAAGUUGAAAAAUAUUCAUAAUAAACUAUUGUUAAUUGUAAUUGGGUUAUAUUACCAUGUUGUCAUGUGAGAAAGUGAAUAAUCCAUGCACAACUUAUAAUAAUGGAAUCACAUUCUUAGCUAAUAUUUCACUGACUCUCAAUUGAUAUAACACCAUAAUAUGAUUCACAAGGCUGCCAGAGAAUUAAAAUUAUCACAAGUUUACAAUAAACCUACAUAAUUUGAUUAACACAUUAAAAUUAUACGACAAAAAGGAAAUGUUAUGAAGCUUCUAUCUACUGAUGGCAAGUUUUUCUUUGUUUGUUUUUGCAGAUCUUAUGUCCUUCCUGAAGCAGAUUCGAAAUGAAACUGCCAGAACUGUUAGUUGUAAUAACAAUAUUGGAAGAGAUUCCUCUCUUGAAUUACGAAAGGAAUUAGAUGGAGUGUCUGAUAAUACACUGAUUAAUGAUGUGUGAUGAUGACUUGCAAGCUGACAAGUCUAUCCAGCUUUUUGAGUGGUAAGCCCUGACCAUGGGAGACCUCCACAACCAGGAUGUACUUCAAAUUCAAAGUCAAGACACUGACCAGACUUUUUUUUACCCUUUUUGAGUAAUGUUUUUGGAUAACAGAAUGCAAAUAAGUUUAUUGUGUUGUUGUUUUAUAUUUUAACAAGAAGAGAGGUGAAAUCUAGAGAGCAGAUUUUCAAUUUGAAAUUUCAUUUUUUCAUUUUCCUUAAUUUCAUUUUUUUCCAUAUCAUUUAAGUUUAAAUGACACUUUCAAGUUAAAAUUAGUUUGUAUGUAUCAAGGUAUUAUUAAGCUUUUUAUAAAAGAAAUGGUUUCAACUUGUUAAGCACUCCUCAUACCAGCUGAAUUUUCAAAAAUUCCAAGCGAUUUUAGGCAAGAAUAAGAGGUACAACAGGCAGUAAAUUGUACAGGUUACCACCUGAAAAAAUAACACAUUGGAAGUAUGGGGAUAUUUAUAGGGGACAAAUUUCUAUCUGAGUGACCAAAAAAAUCCACUACCUCAAUUUUGAACAGUGACCAACAGUGACCAACUUGAAAGCUCAUUAGCUACUUUGGUCACUGUAUACGAUUAAAUAUCCUUUCUUCUAGUUAAUUUCUGUUUUUAUUUUUUCUAUAUCAUUGUAAAUCAUGUUAUGUUAAGUUAUUUUUUUCUGUAAACAGUGUGAAAAAAAAAAACUUGGAAAACUUGGAAACUUGAAAAUACUUCCACCAUUAAAAAAAAAGACUUCAGUUCCUCAAACAGAGAAGACAAAUAUUUUAAUUUCAGUGCAUACUGCUCUGUAUAAAUAAGUUAAGUUAUGUUUAAACAACUGAAAAACUGAUCAUCCACAGUGCAAUAUACUAUUCCAUCUAUGUGGAAAUAUAUUUGAACAUCAAUGCACACAGCUGUGUAUACAUAAAUUAAGUUGUGUUAACAUAAAACACUGAGGGUGUAAUUGGAAGUAAUUUGUUACCUUAUAAUUGAAAAAUGCC